AUGUCUACAAUUAUUGAUUUUCAAAGGACCAAUAGAAAUCGCGCUUCUAUAUAUCUUAUUGAUAUUCGGAUUAGUUUAGAGUUUAUCGUCUACCGACAUCAAAACAUUAAAAUGGAUGAAAUUUUAAAGAACCUAUGUAGUAAAGCUAAACUGGACAGAGACAAAGGUUUUGGCCAAAUAGAGAAACAUCUUGCAUCAGCAGACAAUGAUGCGAUUUCUUUCCUUGAGAAAAAAUUUACUGACAUGCUGUUAGAUAGCUCAAAUGAAUGGGAAACUAAACAUGGAAUUCUGAUGGGCUCCAAAGCUCUUGCAAGAGUGAGCUCUGAAGAUUUCUGUUCCCUUUUGUUGAAUAGAGCUAUUGCUCUUGCUGAUGACAGUGAAUUCAGAGUGAGAAUAGCUGCAGGUGAAGUUUUGGGAGCUCUUUGUAGAAGAAUAGGAGCCAGUGUAUACCAGCAAUGCUGUACUGAUGUUUUAGAUGGUAUUUCUACAAAUUUAGAGCGUGAUCCAUUGACAGAUAGCUGUAUAUCAGAACAAGAGGAGACAGAAAGACUUAUGGAGAAACUGUCAAGUUCACCUAGAGGUGAAAAGAGGCACAGUACAGAGGCCGCUCAGAUUUUCCAUGACACUGCUGGAUGGAAGUCAUUAGAAACUUGGAUGAAAUGUUUACAGAGUAUUAUUGAAGGAUUAGGACAUAAUUUUAAUCCGUUUGUUGACCAGGAGCUGUUAGAUCUAAUAUUUAGAGCCCUGACUCACACUAACAGAUUUGUUCGAGAAACUGGGUAUUAUGUGUGUGCAAGCUUGGUAAUGUGUGGAGUAGUACAAGAUGGUUCAGACUCGGCCCUGCUGGAUGAUGAUAAUGCUAUAUUGAGGUAUGGACAUCAGUUUGCAGAUUAUCUUGGUAGAGGACUAUCCGAUAAUUGGAGCCAGGUUAGACUUGCGUCAUCUGUGGCAACGAGGAAGUUCCUUCAGAGUUUACCGUCAGAUCAAGCCAGGCACCAGUUCUUCCCCCUUCUGUUACCUAGGAUGUGUCUUAAUAGAUAUUAUGUGGCUGAAGGCGUCCGUAUCUACUCACAGGACACGUGGAAACAAGUGACUGGAGAACAGGGGAAACAACUCGUAGAGAUGUACAUUGGACAAGUGGUUGACUACUAUAUAGAAGCGACAGGGGCAGACAACCACGCUGUGAGAGAAGCUGCCUGUGCGUGUAUCGCAGAACUUGGAGCUAAAGUGAACAAAGAUGUUGUGAACAUGUAUAUUCCAAGGUUGUUAGAGGCUCUUCUCAUCUGUUUUAGUGAUGACAGCUGGCCAGUUAGAGAUGCUGCAUGUGUGGCGUGUGGGAACUUUGUCCUUUGUUUUCCGGAGGAGUCAAGGUCAUCUUUACCAGCAUUGUAUCCACUGUUUUUCAACAAUCUACAAGAUAAUAUACCAUCAGUGCGGCAGGGGGCGGCCCUUGCUCUCUCCAAUGUUGUCCGAGCAUAUGGUGAUGAAUGUUUUGAGGAGAUCUUGAAGAAAGUGAAGGAAGGUUUGGCAGGUGUUGAGAAACAGCCGGAGAACACAGAAAAAUACAGCUCUCUUGAUAAAGGACCAGCAACAUACGGUGUGGUGAAGAAAUUACGAGACAAUGAUAUGAUGUUGCAUACAGAUAAACAGAUGUACUCAUGUGGGUCUUUGGCCCCUAAGAUGGGGCGUGGCAACAGUAGUGGGGGAUGCAUGGAUCAUAAAUUUAGAAAGGAACCUGAGCCCUGGGAACUUGCAGAUGGAUGUAUCCACAUAGUAGCCGAGUUAUCCAGUUUACAGCAGUUUGCCAGUAAAAUUGCAGAGUUAUUGCCCCUGGUCAGUAAAGCUGUCACAUAUGAUCAUUAUACACAUCACACAAAUAUGAAAGAAACCGUGUGCCAAAGGUUACCUCAUAUAGCAAAGGGUCUUGGUAAAAGAUACUUCAAAAUGUAUCUGGAAAUUUUCUUCGAUACCAUAUUCUAUAGUCUUAGUUGUGAUAACGCUUUAACCUCAUCAGCUGCCGCUCAUUGUAUAUCCGAGCUCGGCAAGUUCCUUGGCCCUUCUAUCUUGAGAGGCAGAAUAGAACAAUACAACCCCAGAUAUUUAGAACAGAUGCCUGCAGAUUUUGGUCAGCACACUAUGGGCCCAGGCCCUGGUGUAUUCAACAGCCCUCAUGGAUCAGGUCAUGCAAUGUUUGGUGGCAUGCCAGGGUCUAGACCAGAAGCAUUUGGUGGUGUGCCAGGGCCGAACCCAGUCAUGUUUGGUGGCAUGCCAGGGUCUAGACCAGAAGCAUUUGGUGGUGUACCAGGGCCGAACCCAGUCAUGUUUGGUGGUAUGCCGGGGUCAAGUCCAGCAACAUUUGGUGGUAUGCAAGGGUCCAGUCCAGCAACAUUUGGUGGUAUGCCGGGGUCUAGCCCAGCCAUGUUUGGUUGUCCUCCCAAGUCAGGUGCACCAGUGAUUGGAGGUCCCCAUGGGGCCAAUCAGAGUACUUCAAGAUAUGAUGACCGUAAAUGAUGACAGCUUUUUGACUCAAGAUCUGAAUGAUUAUAUUACUUAGUGAUGUUUUAGAAUUUAGUUAUAUGUUUGUGCUUAUUCACUUUAAAAAUAUUUGAAGCCAAAGGCAGCUUUUUAUUUAUUAAUCUGCAUAAAUUGUUGCCAAGUUUGACUUGAAAAUAUUCAUACUUUAGUCAUUUAUUUACACCUUUAUUGGCAUAUAAUUGAUUUUAAUCUUCCAGCAAAUGCCAGCAUUAUAGAGCCAGAUGAACUUAUACAUCAGUUAGUGGUUUUACUUAGAUACUUGAUAAUGGCUUAAAUAUAUUGAUGUGAUGCAUUAAAAUAUUGAAAAAGAA